CGGGUCGGCGGGGUCUGGCUAUCAGUGCAAGCAGGUCUGUCAACGCGCAGUGCGAAUUCAUCGAUCGAUCAUACAUCUCCAGCCCAACACAGUCAACAUGAAGUUCUUGCUCCUGAGUGUGUUCCUUUGCCUGGCCGUGUGCUUCAUGCUUACCAGUGCUGCUCCCCGUGAGGAGGCCAUUCCCGAGGGCCUUGAGGGUCCUGGCAGCGAGUCCAUCAACCCCUCCGAUGACCAGUCCUUCCUGCUCAAGCUGAAGCUGCUCAAGAAGCUCUUGUUCCUGGGCUAGACAUCAUCAUUCCCCAUACAUGGAUUUUUAGCUUAACUAUGUGUUUAGAUUUUUAAGAUCAAAAGAAAAAAAAAUUAAAAAACGUAUUUGGUAACAAAA